AUGAAGACUAAAACCAAAGGAAAGAAGCAAAGUGUUGACAAAGAAGCAUUUUCUGAGGAGUUAACAGGGAGGAAAAAAGAACUGGUGAAAUGUUUGCGACGCAAAGAAAGGAGGAAUGGGGGAAACAAGGAGAGCAGCAAGAUCACUCCAGCCAGAGCCAAGCGUCCUUGGAGUGGGAAGGACAGGCAUUUGAGGAGACUGGAAAGCAACGAGCGGGAGAGGCAGAGGAUGCACAAGCUCAACAAUGCGUUCCAGGCCUUAAGGGAGGUGAUUCCUCACGUGAGAGCUGAGAACAAACUUUCCAAAAUAGAGACUCUCACACUGGCCAAAAAUUACAUCAAGUCCUUGACUUCCAUUAUACUCAAUAUGUCCAAUGGGCACUUUCCAGCAGCAGAAGGCACAGGGGGAGCCUGGGGGGCCAAAUUGCACCAGCAUUACCAACAGCAGCAUGGGGAGGAUGACCAUGAGGAACACCUACAAAAAUAUUCCAUGUAG